UAGCUUUUGUAGCUCUGGGGACUAGCCAAGAGGACGAGACGCCACAAGUGAUUGCCGCUCGACUCAUCAAUGAGCGUAUGGGGGUUGAUCAAGGCUAUAAUCUCAAUUUGCGACACCCAGAGAAGUUUGGUAAAUGAUAUAUUCAUAGUGCAUACACACCGUUUGUACGAUUGCCACCUGAUCAAGAAAUUCGCCAAGGAGAAGCUUUUGGGUCACGACUUCCUUAUGUGCCGUCCAUGGCCCUUGCUGUGUUAAGCGAAUUCAAGUACUACGGGCCAACGGAAGCCAUUCUGUUCAAAGGAAGAGUUUCUCCCAAAACCGUCCAAUGUUAUCCCCGGCUCAAACCUGAGUAUCCCAUUACCAUCAAGUUUUCUACGUUUAACUAUGACCAUGCGGCGUCUCAGUGGUUUCAACGCACUCUAUCUGGUCCGGAAUAUCCAGGUAUAAAGGAAAUCACAGGCACCAUUCGCUCGGUACGCAUGAUUGGGCGAGAUCUUGAGCUUGUCAUCGAUCCUUUGCAAGAGUUAGUCCAAUACAUUAGUGUUGCCGACACCGUGAAGUUUGGAAGCAUAGAGUAUGGUUGGGGUCCCGCAUCUAGUUUUGGUUGCGCCCAUUGCACCAACGCGACAGCAGAAUGCCGGUGUCAAAGUCUCGAUACGCCGCCCACCGUUAUUUUGCAAAAGCAACGUCUUGAUUGAUAGCUAGACUUAGUGGCUCAGGUCGAG